AUGGAUGCGAAGUCUAAGCCACAGAGAUUCCGCGUCUGUGGGGACGAAAACAUGCCUCCUUCGUCCUUGCAAAACCACAAGACACUUCACCAGCGCAACAAGUCCAGUCCCGCUCUGAACAUGAUGGCUCAGAAUGGUGCAAAGCCUGGUGUGCGCCGUGCCUUUGGCGAUGUCAGCAACACAAAGGGUAUGAGCCGCGAUGACUCUGCCUUGGUUGGGAAGCCGGCUGUCCUGCCCGAGAAGGGACUGUCUCAACCGGCUCAGCGACAGAUUCCUUUGGCUAUCACCAAAGGUCUCGCUGAUAAGGUCACUGCGGCGAAGCCGAUGAACCCUGCCGGAAAAGCGUCCAAGACCAAGCGCAACAACACUAUCUUCAAAGAUCAACUGCAAGCCGUCCCCGAGAAGGACACAUCCAAGGAAAACAACAAGCCCAUUGAAACAGCCCCAGCCCCCGUGAAGCCGGUCGAAGCCAAGGUCACCCUCAAGGAAACCGAGAAGGCCACCAUUGCUCCCGAACCAUACGCUUCGCGUAACGUGGAACUCCCAAGCCACAUCGAAUCCGACGCAACCAUCUCGGAGCCCGAAGACAUAAAGGAGGUUCAGUUCAAGGAGCCAGUGUCCGCCGUGUCCGAACCCGAAGAAUACUGGGAUGAAGACGAGACCGAGUACUACGCUGCUCCUACCUACCCCUCGCGUGGAGACAACACCACCGGAGGAACUGCUGUUAUUUACCCCAAGAUGAACGCCAUGACCAGGCGCCAGAUGUUCCAGGCCAAGGAUAUUGUUGAGAGCCAAUUGACCGAGGAGGACAUCAUUGAGGAUCGAUAUGAUACAACCAUGGUCGCAGAAUACAACGACGAGAUCUUCUUGCAUCUGCGGAAGAAGGAGAUUGACAUGCUUCCUGUUCCUGAUUACAUGGCGAACCAAUCCGAGAUACAAUGGUCCAUGCGUUCAGUUCUCAUGGACUGGCUUGUCCAGGUACACCAGCGCUUCAAUUUGCUUCCUGAGACUCUGUAUCUCACUGUCAACUACAUCGACCGCUUCCUGUCUCACAAGAUUGUCUCUCUGGGCAAGUUGCAACUUGUGGGAGCAACUGCCAUCUUCAUUGCGGCCAAAUUUGAAGAGAUCACUGCCCCUUCAGUCCAGGAGAUUGUUUACAUGGUCGACGGCGGCUACACUGUGGAUGAGAUCCUGAAGGCUGAGCGCUUCAUGCUUACCAUUCUCGACUUUGACCUGGGGUGGCCCGGCCCAAUGAGCUUCCUCCGACGCAUCAGCAAAGCUGAUGAGUAUGAUCUGGAAACUCGCACUGUGGCCAAGUACUUCCUUGAGCUCACCAUUAUGGAUGAGCGCUUUGUCUGUACUCCUCCCAGCUUCGUCGCUGCUGGAGCCCACUGCCUCGCUCGCAUGUUGUUGAACAAGGGUCAAUGGACUCCUGCCCAUGCCUACUACAGCGGCUACCUCUAUGCUCAAUUGAUUCCUGUGCUUCUCACCAUGAUCGAAUGUUGCGAGAACCCUCGCCGUCACCACGCGGCCAUCUUUGAGAAAUAUUCCGACCGUCGCUUCAAGCGCGCUUCGGCAUUCGUUGAAGUUGAGCUUGCACAUGACUUUGCCCUCCCGGAAGUCUCCAGUCUGAGCGACCCUGAUCGCCUCGACGGCACGGCCAACUACUAG